AGAUGGGACGGGCCAUGGGAGCGUGGGCGGCUUCGUGACGUGGUGAAGAACCACUGAACCAACACCAAAUUAAUCACAGAGCAGAAAUCUGUACGACUUUACAUCCACCAAAAUGAUUCUCCGUUGGACAAAGUUGCUUUCAAUUGUCAUCCUGUUCGAAAAUGCUAAAGGCUGGAAUUCUUCAGAUGCUGUCUCUGUGCCGACCAUUAUUAAACUUCAGGCUUUGGACAUGUGGACACUGGAGAUGAAGUGGACAAUGAAUCAGAAAGAAGAACGCAGAAAUCAAACUUAUGAAAUACAAGUCGGACGCACAACAAACAUGGAUAUUGUCGACAGCGUCAAUGUUAGCAGAGGAUCACUGGACACAGUUCACACGAUGGUUUGGACCUCGCAGCUCCCGCUGAACUGUGUUGAUCACUCUGUCAGAAUCAGACUCGUCUCUGAUGCUUUACCAUACAGCUCUUGGAGUUUAUGGAAAACCAACUACGGGGAGGUGAACUUGACUCACAAUGAAAUCCGGCUGUUCCCAGAUGACCAGGUGUUACGGGCCGGUUCCACGGUGAUGUUCUGCUGCAUUUAUCCCACAGAGACACACAUCACCUCCAUGUUCUUCGGCAACAUCCCCUACACGGUCAUCAACAUAAGCCCACAGGUCAAAGCCAUUAGAGUGGAAAACAUCAAAGCCACAAAUAUUUACGGUGUCAACUUCUAUCCCAGUAAGGACCGCAAGGACAAUGAUGUAGCAGUGAACUAUGUCACCUUUCCUCCUGAGAAACCUCAGGACUUCAGAUGCGAGACCGAAGACAUGCGAACCGUCUCCUGCUCGUGGAAAACACGCACAGAUCCUAAUCUAGACGACCCGGAGAGAACGGACAACACAUUACUGAUCAACGACUCCAGGGCCGUCAGCUGUAAUCCUGAGCCAAAUUCUGAGGCCUGCAGUUUUGAAGUCAUUCCACAGCAGAUCCUCUACAACAUCACCUUGCUUGUGACGAACAGUUUGGGGCGAGAGAGCGAGACCGACUUAUUCAAUAUCACAGACAGAGUUUUCCCAGUCCCCGUGCGUCUUGACGUGGCUGCAGGUGUGUUGGACUCAGUGGUGGUAUUACAGCUGAAUGGGAGAUUCAAAGGACUUCUUUUGAGUUGCCAGAUUGAAAUUGAACCAAGAGGGAGAAUAAAGGAGUUAGAUAAGAAUGGAUCUGACUCGAUGCAGAAUUACCCAUUCAGACUACAGCACCUCAAGCCUAGCACACGCUACUCCACUAGGGGACGCUGUGCAGUUCAGGGGAACGACUGGGGGCGAUGGACACCACACAGGCCAUUCGUCACUGAGCCUCUAGUGACCAUAGAUCUGUGGAGACGAAUCAGGGACGAUCCCAAUCGCACCGUCACACUUGUGUGGAAAAAUGUCAGCAGCGACUCGUCGUAUAUCGAAGCCUAUGAGGUGUGUGUGAGCAGCAGAAAUCCACAGAGGAGCGUGUGCAUGAAUGUCACGGAGAAACAUACGGAACUACCCUUAGAUCAUCACAUGUGUGACAUCACCGUGAGGGCCGUCACUCAAUCUGGCUUAUCUAUACCAUCCCACAUCACUAUUCCUCCAGCAUACACAGACAUACCGAAGGAGAAGAGGAUUAUGGGUAAUGGAAAGGAAUUUCAGCUCACCUGGAUGAGGGACUCUGUCGCCACAUGUGAUUACAUUGUAGAGUGGUGCAUGCUGGGUAUUGCCCCUCCCUGCAACUUAGAGUGGAGAAACGUCCCAGUUCAUCAGACCUCCUUAAACCUGGACGCAGAUUUUAAAGCAGGAGUUCGGUACAGAUUUAUAAUCUACAGCUGUAGCGCUGAGGGACACCGACCUCGUGAGAAACACAUCGGAUACUUAAAAGAACAGGAGCCCAUGGAGUACCCUACAUUGGACACUAACCUAAACAUUACUUGGUCAUCCGUAAACCUGAAAUGGAGUUUCAAUGAGGAGGAUCCGAGUCACGCUGGAUUCAUCACAGGAUAUGAGAUCACGGUACAAAAAGAUUCAGAGGCCGGCUCUGAUCUCACAGGUUCCUUCAGACAGUUCGUGGACGAUCCUCACAGCAAGUCUUUCACAGUGAGUGGUCUUGAGGAGGAGCAGACGUACACAUUUCACCUGGCAGCGUGCACAUCUGCAGGCUGUGGACCCGAGACCACCGGCACCUUCAAAACCAGAAAGAACUAUCACCUGAUGACGGUCAAGAUUUUGAGUCCUCUCCUGGUUUUGGUGUGUUGUUGCGUUUGUCUGUGGAUGAACAGAAACACGCUAAGAGGAUUUCCAAAAGAAACCUUCGGCUUUCUGCACAUAAAAGCACUGGACCUGGAUGAAGAUCUUUAUGAAGCAAGUGAAAAAAUCCAUUCUCUGAGCAUAGAGGACUGCCAAUGGUGUGACGUCGAGAUUUUGCCGCCCACCGUGGCAGAGAAAACCUGGUUAGCGAGCGCAGAGGAUCCGAGCUGUUCAUUCAUAGGCCCUAAAGUCACGCUGCCCUCGUUCCUGACACCAUCAUACCAUACCAACUUCACAUACAUGUCCUCUGUGCAGCAAGACAUGCCUUCAGAGCUGCUGGAGACCCCUGAGACAGAAGCCACAAGACAGGAGUCUGACAUCUCAGGCUUUUCAAGUGACUAUGUCACUUCUGUAGCCACGAAAACUCAGUUGUGAUAUCCUAUACACACCAAAGUAAGCAAUCCAGCACUGUGGAUCUUAUCACAAAGAUGUUCAGAUAAGAUCAGGGCAUCAGGGCCCCUCUUCCUUCUGCAAAAGCUAGUGUUGUGAAAUGCGAUCUUGCAAUGCAUGUCACUUGAGAUUUUGCAAUAUCUUUCAGGUACUUUAUCUGUGUUUUGCAUGUUACGGUAGAUCUUUCUGGUCAGAAAGUACAAAAUGUUCUCUCUUGUCUUGAGGAACUGGUUGUUAUGGUAACACUUCAGGAUUAGGUUACCAUUAUUUGGCCUGGUUUCACAGACAGGGCUUAGAUUAAGCCAGGAUUAGGACUAAAUUCAAGUAAACGUGCCUUAGAAGAAAACAUUACUGGUGUGGAUCUUGAGACAAAACAAUGGCACUGACGUGUUUUAUUAUGUCAAUGUAAGGUGUUCUCAGUUAAGACAGCUCAGACAUGCAUUUUAGUCUGGACUA